GCCCGGAUGUUACGCAGCUAAUGAUGUCAAUACCAGGAAGUUCCAACACAGUACAUCCAUGGGCUAGACGUUGUCUCGUUGGCUUUUUUUCUUUAUAAACAUAUUGAAACAAUCGUGUUUGGGUUAGUAGAGUAUCGUUUUAUGUAGGACUAAACAGUUUCGUUUUUACUUUGUAUCCUCUGUUUGUGCUAGAAUGCGUUAUUAUCGUUGUGUUAGCUGGCUAGCUAACAAGCCAGCUAACAGCUAGUUAAGGUUGUUUUGAUUAUUAACGUGAACAUUAACGUUACAUCCACGGUGUCUGGACUCCGCUUUCGGCGCUAGUAACGUACACGGACAGGGUUGCUUGAUAUAGUCCAGUCGAAUCAGGAAAUUAUUUUAUGUGUUUGACGUUACAAAGGACAGACUUGAUGUAAAUCGUGGGUAGUGCACCAGCUAGCUGGUUAGUUAACGUCAAACGGCGGUCGCCUAGCUUCAGCUACCACAGUUAGGGACAGUCUGGUUUGUCCCUUGCCCCCAACAGUAGACGUCUGGCGAGCUUAUAAAGCUCUCUGUGAACCGGAUCCAAUGCGUGGGAUGAUGGGGACCCAGAGUAGUCCUGUCAAGAGUUACGAUUAUCUCCUGAAAUUUCUUUUGGUGGGAGACAGCGAUGUCGGAAAGGGGGAAAUCUUGGACAGUUUGCAAGACGGAUCAGUAGAGUCUCCCUAUGCCUACAGCAGUGGGAUUGAUUACAAGACCACCACAAUUCUGCUGGAUGGGAGAAGAGUGAAAUUAGAGUUAUGGGACACAUCUGGGCAAGGCAGAUUCUGCACCAUCUUCAGGUCUUACUCUCGUGGCGCACAGGGCAUCCUGCUUGUAUAUGACAUCACUAACGGCUGGUCGUUUGAUGGCAUUGACCGCUGGAUCCGGGAAAUUGACGAGCAUGCCCCAGGCGUACCCAGGAUCCUGGUGGGCAACCGGCUUCACCUGGCUUUUAAGCGGCAGGUGCCAACAGAGCAGGCAAGGGCUUAUGCAGAAAAGAACAGCAUGACUUUCUUUGAGGUCAGUCCGCUGUGCAACUUCAACGUCAUUGAAUCCUUCACUGAACUUUCACGCAUUGUGCUGAUGAGGCAUGGGAUGGAGAAAUUCUGGAGGCCCAACAGAGUCUUCAGCCUCCAAGAUCUGUGCUGCCGUUCCAUCGUCUCCUGCACACCGGUGCACCUUAUUGACAAACUGCCCCUCCCUGUGGCCAUCAAGUCCCACCUCAAGUCUUUCUCUAUGGCCAACGGCAUGAAUGCAGUCAUGAUGCAUGGACGCUCCUACUCAGUGGCUAACAGUGCAGCCUCGGGUGGUAGCAGUGGCGGAAGCAAAGCCAACAGUCUCAAACGCUCAAAGUCCUUCAGGCCUCCACAGAGUCCUCCAAAGGACUCGUCGUCUUCCUCUAAGGGGAACUGUAAGAUUUCAUAGUGAGGGAGUGGACUAAUGGUUGCCUCCAUAGGACCAGUAUUAAAGGCGUUGUUGCUCCAAGAGGUCACGAGACCACAGAAGAGCAUGGAGAGCUACCAGCAACCUUCAACAGAAAUGGAUAUGUUACAUUGACCUAUGGAUGGACCUUUGGCCCAACUUGGAUGGUCGGAUUGGUUUCUGUUCUCUUUGCGCUUGCUGGUGCCAUCUUGUGGAUGUCCGUUUACUCGUACUCUUAACUACAGAGGCUCACUGUGAUCAAGUACAAGAACAAGAUUUCCCUGGGACCAACAGAUGUGAAUCAAGGAUUAUCACUCACCUCUUAACACUACAAAUGAGUGGAGGGACAUUAGCUAGCUUUUAUUCGGAAAAUGAUUGUUUAUCGUAUUUAAAAUUGGACUUGAAGUUGUAAAUAUACUGUUUGUGUUUUGGUCUGUGUUUGGUAAUUGAUCUUGGAGGGGAGCUUUUUAUGCUUGUUUUGUCUUGAAUGUUUUGGGAGACCUGCUUUGGUGUACAACUUAUCUGUGUGUUUUAUGCCUUUUGUCUACCGUAGAAAAUUCCCUUUGCAACCUCAAGGGUGCUGAGCUACUUAUUUAAAACUCAGAUUAGUUAAGCUUUAAAUAAGACUGGCUUAAAUUGAAUGUCAUGAGAAGAGCGGGGCUAGUUUCCCAGACAGACUAGUAAUGGACUUAAGAAAAUGUAAACAAGGUUAGUCGAGCCAAGUUGUCUUGUUUUGAGGACUUCCUGCUGUGCCGCUGUGCUCCUAAAUUCUAGCCCAAAUGAAUUCACCCUCCAUCCCCAUCAGUCAUUGGUUUGAACAUCUGUUGACUUUCUCAGGCCAUUUUUGCCUCUAAAUCUAAUAUCCUUAGUUGUGGCUUUAAGUGGUUUAAACCACCAACAGCAUGAUCAAUUUAAAUCUAUGGACUCGUAGGGGCAAUUCAGACAUUGCUUGGUGCUGACGAGGAAGCCUUGUACAAAUGCAGAUGCACAGAUUGUUUGCUUAGUUGUGGCGUUUUGUCUUCAGGAAGUGCUGCAGUCAUGUCUGAGUCCUUAACAGGAAUUUGUAAACUGACUGGACAUUGGUGAGGGGGAUAUUUUAAUUUUAUUUCUCUUUGGAUUUUUUAUGCAUAUGCUAUGUAUUUAUGAAUGUAAAACAAUAUUCAUCUGCUACUUUUCUGUGGCCAUGUGUUAAUAUGUGGGACUGUAAGAAUCAGAGGUGGAAAGUCAUUGGGUACAUCUUCUACUGUAAGAUUUUCACUGAGCCUUGCUCCUUGUCUGAGUAUUUGUACUUUUGCUGCUUAAGUUAAUUCUUAUUUUCCAAAAAAUGUAUUGUGGACAUUGGGUUAACAAUGCAAGAACCAUGUAAUGUCAGAUGAACUUCAGAAAGGGCACAGAAAGUCUUGUUUUUUAAUCAGAGCUAACAAAUGCUAUUGUUUUAAUAAUUGAACAAUCUACACAAAUACUUUUAUUCUAAUAUAAACUCUGUUUUCUUUCCACCUCUGAUUAACAUGUGCUGUAUUUCCUCUCCAACAUUCCCAGUGUCAUGGCUGUAUGUCUGUGAUGAGGUCAUCCAGGGCAUAAAAAAUGGUGCAUGUUUUCUGUGGUGUAUUGAGACAGGUACAAUAAGCAGAACUCGGGUGAACAUUUAAAGCACUAUGUGUAAACGUUUGAUAAUGAUUGUUGCUAUCAGAGCUGUGUGUCGAAAGGUUUGGAUACGGGAUUAAUUAUAAUUUUGUCUCCAUCGAAAACAGUCGCCCAUCAAAAUAAAGGGAAAAAAACUA